AGUGACAUGCAUAAAUACAACUGCGCGAGUCCACACACCAGCCACUGCUUGGCUAACGGUGACGUCAUGAUCAGCACUUUGGGAGAUCCCGCAGGCAACGGAAAGGGCGAGUUCAUGCUCUACGACGGGAAAACGUUCAAGACAAAGGGAACUUGGACGAUGGGACAUAAAUUGUCCAAAUUCGGUUACGAUUUUUGGUACCAACCCAAGUUUGACGUGAUGAUCGCCUCUGAAUGGGCAGCUCCGAAGAUCUUCAAGACCGGUUUCUUACCAUCUCACGUGAUUGACCCUGAAGCUUAUGGAACUUCACUUAACAUUUAUUCUUGGACAGAGAGGAAGCUAAUUCAAACCAUCGAUCUUGGUUUGGAAGGAUGCGCUCCGCUGGAAGUCAGAUUCUUGCAUGAUCCGAACAUUUGCGAAGGAUACGUUGGAACCGCCGUUAACGCAAACGUCUACAGGUUCUACAAGAAAGACGAUGGUACUUUCACAGUCGAUAAAGUUAUCGACGUUGAACAACUGAAAGUUGCAGGAGGAGAUUGGCCAAUGGAAUACAUGCAAGGCUUCAUCAGUGAUAUCCUCUUGUCAUUGGACGACAAGUACCUGUACUUGAACAAUUGGCUUCAAGGAGACAUCCGCCAAUACGACAUUACAGACCGCGCUAAUCCGAGAUUAACCGGUCAAGUGUAUCUGGGUGGUCUAUUGCAAUCCGAUUCGCCAAUCAAAGUUAUUGAUAACGAUAGCUACGUGCCACCUGAGCCUGUCAUCAUCAAAGGAAAACGUUUGCAUGGUGGACCGCAGAUGCUGCAGCUUUCCCUCAAUGGAAAACGUCUGUACGUGAGCAACAGCUUGUUUUCCCCUUGGGAUAAACAAUUUUACCCGGAUGGCGUGCGCGAAGGAGGCUGGAUCGUAAAGGUCGACAUUGAUCAUGAAAACGGCGGAAUGACGCUUGACAGGAAUUUCAUUGUGGACUUUGGAAAGACCAAGCAUGGACCAAUUCUUGCCCACGAAAUGAGAUACCCAGGAGGUGAUUGCACUUCUGACAUCUGGCUAGCCAAAUAAUUACCUCUAAAUUGUUUUUCCUUGAAACAAAUUUUAUGUGCUCACAUCACAUUUUGUUUCUUUUGGAUUUUCAAGUUACCAAACCAAUCGCAAAGGAUAUUCUCUAGGAUUCACUCUAUAUAUUAU